AUGGCAACAACAGCAGAUGUAGUGGUAUCCCCAUGGCUUGAGGGGUUACUCAACCAAUUGGACUCCCCUUGGAUGAUCAAAUUUGGAUCUGAAUGGGGCAUUCAGGAACAACUGAUUGACCUCUUUAGAACACUCCAAGAGGCACAUGCAAUGGCGAGUUCUACAGAGGAUAUGCAAAUAAGAGAUCCACACUUGAAAUUGCUCCUCAAAGAUAUGACAGAAGUUGUGUGCAAAGCCACUUACACAUUGGGGGAGUUCAUCUACGAAGCUCAACGACGAAGUUUGGAGGGGGCUGAUGAUGAUGAUGAUGAAAGUAAACAGAGCACCUCUAGGGCUAUCAGAAAGGUACGCUGCGAAUACUUCUCCUAUUCUUUCAACAAGAAGCAAUUGUUAUGUCGCGAUGAGAUUCCUGCUGUCAUAACUGGCAUAAAAAAUGAGUUGCAUGAGGUUCAACAAAAGAUGAACCACAUUUGUGUGGCUUCGGUCUCAUCAAUUGGUAGGAAACUUAAUGAAACGGAAAGGAAACUCAAAGCUAUUUCAUUACUGGGUUCAUGCCCUCAGAGUCAGAGUGUUUCCCUAGUUGAUGAUAAAAUUUUUGGUAGGAGUGAAGAUGCAGAAGAUAUAAUGCACGUUUUACUAUCUGAUAUAUAUAAUAGGGAAAAAGUUCCCGUUAUUUCAAUAGUUGGUACUGGGGGGAUCGGCAAGACUGCACUCGCUCAACUCAUUUACAGGGAUGAAAAUGUAGUUUAUCAUUUUGAUGUGAGAGCAUGGGUUUGUGUUUCCCAGGAUUCUGAUGUUACAAAAAUUACUAGAUCAAUUCUUGAGUCAAUAACCCGUAAACACCAGGCAAUAGAACGAGUGGAACCACUUCAACAAGAACUCAAGAAUUGGUUUAAGGGAAAGAAACUUUUACUUGUGCUUGAUGAUAUAUGGAGUGAUGACUGCAAAAUGUGGGAUGCCGUAAGGGUUCCAAUUAAUGCUUCAGCACAAAAAGGAAGCAGAAUAAUAGUAACCACUCGGUUUAACAAAGUUUCCUCCAUUAUGAGCGCCAUAAAAAGAAUUGAUUUAGAAGCCUUGUCAUAUGAACAUUGCGGGGAAUUGUUCAAAAGGAAGGCUUUUAUUGAUGAUGAGAUCUGUAAUAAGCAUCCAAACUUGAAAAAAAUUGGAGAGGAACUUGUUAAAAAAUGCAAAAGGGUUGCCUCUAGCAGUAAAAUCACUUGGAGGACUUCUAUUUGGUGA